AUGGCUGUUACUUCCAUAUUCCUCGUUUCCAACAUGCAUUGCCCCUCUUGCGUGUCCUACGCCCAGCAUGUUUUAUGUGACAUCCCCGAUAUUCUUCCGCCGCCCCGUGUUUCCUUGAUCGAGCACACAAUCCGCGUCAAACACACGAACCCAGACACUCAACAUCUCAUUCUGAAGGCUCUGCUUAAAGCUGCGUUUGAGGUCCAGCAUGUCACUACCCUGGACUCGACUGGUCGGUCGACUGAUUGCGAUGUCAUCCCUGAGCCUACUACUUCGUCUGCCUCUCGUUCCACAUGGCUCAUGUCUAAGGCACAGCGCAAGCACAUUGAAAACUGCAAGGCAUGUCAACGUGACCGCGACCAGGCCAAGUUUCAAAUCAAAUCAAAAAUGCCUUUCCCGAAUGCGAUGCAUGUAUCGCGGUUCAAAAGACCGUCAAAGGACAACGCCACCACAGAUGUUGAGAAGCCAGCUAUCAUCACUUUUGACGGUGCUAGCCACCAACUCCCAACUUCUAGUUACACUGCCACACUUGCAAUUAGUGGUAUGACUUGUUCAUCUUGCGUCACGACCAUAAAGAAGGUUGUCGGUGAUCUACCUUUUGUGACUUCGAUAGAUGUCAAUCUUGUGGCAAAUAGUGCCACGACCACAUUCCAAGGCCCUGAAACAAAUAUACAGAAAGUCAUUCAGGCAAUUGAGGAUACUGGCUAUGAUGCAACGAUUCAUCAUAUCGAACAAGAAAAUGCCGGCCGGAAUCAGAUCAAUCAUCUAUACAAAACAUCGAUCAGCAUUGCCGGUAUGACAUGUGGUAGCUGUGUUGGAACAAUCUCAAAUGGUCUUCGCGAACUAAAUUUCGUACAUUCAGCUGAUAUUGACUUUGUCGGGAAUAAUGGUACGGUCUUAUUCGAGGGCAAGGACAACCUGGGUGCCCUCCUGGAAAAGAUCGAUGAUCUAGGCUAUGAUGCAGUUGCAGUCACGACUGAGCCAGUUUCUCAUUCUGAUUCUAGCCAACCUAGGUCAACGGAGAGGGAUGUACAGAUCCAGAUCUCGGGCAUGUUUUGUGACCACUGUCAAACCAACAUCAAGUCUUCCUUUUCUGGAAGUGCGAGCCUGCAACAGCAGCCCUACACAGUAACUCAGUGGCCAACACUCGAGGAUCCCAUAAUCAGCAUCACUUACAAUCCUGCCCCGCCGAAUUUCACGGUACGAGAUUUCAUCAAGACCAUAUCGGACACUCAUGAGGCCUUCUCUGCUUCUGUGUAUCAUGCUCCCACCUUGGAAGAAAGAUCCCGACGGAUGCAAAGAGCAGAACAAAAACAUUUGCUCUGGAGACUCGUUUUUACAGCAAUUAUCGCCGUGCCAAGCUUUAUCAUUGGCAUUGUCUUCAUGAGCCUUGUCCCGAAGUUGAGUCUUACGAGACAGUGGUUUGAGCAGCCCAUCUUGGGUGGAAAUGCCAUGCGAAUAGACUGGGUGCUGUUCUUCAUCACGACUCCUGUCAUGUUCUACGGCACUGACAUCUUUCAUCGUCGAGCACUGAAAGAGAUUUGGGCUAUGUGGAGACCCAGAAGCAGAGUUCCCCUUUUUCGUCGCUUCUAUCGCUUUGGGAGCAUGAAUCUCUUGAUCAGUGCAGGCACUUCAGUGGCAUACUUUUCCUCCCUGGCCGUGCUUAUCAUGGAUGCUACGAGUAAACCAAUGCCAUCCCAUAACGAUCGCUCGGCAACCUCUUAUUUUGACACAGUCACGUUCCUUACGUUCUUUAUUCUUAUUGGGCGCUUCUUGGAAGCAUAUAGCAAGACAAAGACUGGUGACGCAGUUGCUUUGUUGAGCAAAUUGCGGCCGUCUGAGGGUCUCUUGGUUGAACAACCAUUCGACUCCCAAAAUACUGUCCGCACUGUGCCCGUGGAUCAGUUGGAAAUUGGUGAUGUCGUUCAGAUCCCACAUGGAGCAUCUCCUCCCACGGACGGUAUCGUAGAUCAAGCCGGCUCUUUCCUUUUCGACGAGACCUCGUUGACAGGAGAGUCCAGGCCGGUGAAGAAGUCUUCAGGCGAAGGAGUAUUUACCGGUUCAGUGAAUGUUUCUGCUCCGGUAAGAAUCAAGGUUACCGAAAUUGAAGGGACAUCUAUGCUUGAUAGAAUUGUCAAUGUUGUCCGUGACGGCCAAGCGAAGAGAGCUCCGAUCGAACGAGUGGGAGAUUUUAUAACUGGUUACUUCGUUCCUGUUAUUACGCUUCUGGCUCUCCUCACAUGGAUUAUCUGGCUCAGCUUGGGUCAAUCUGGAUCCCUACCUGAAGCGUGGCUUGAUGCAGGCCAGGGCGGUUGGCCAUUUUGGUCUCUCAAAUUUGCGAUUGCCGUUUUCGUCGUGUCAUGCCCUUGCGGCAUUGGUUUAGCUGCACCCACCGCACUGUUUGUGGGAGGUGGAUUGGCAGCUAAAAAGGGCAUACUAGUUCAAGGUGGUGGUGAGGCGUUUCAAGAUGCUUCUACAUUGAACGCGAUUGUCUUCGACAAAACUGGGACUUUGACCGAGGGGCAGAUGAAAGUUACCGACUUUGAAAUUCUCCAGGCAGAGCAGCUUGGUGAUCCGGCGGAGGAUGUUGUUCUCGUCAUGGCCCGAGUAAUGGAGAGUUCAAGCACUCACCCAAUUGCAAAGGCGAUUGCAGAGUACGCCACUCAGAGACCUUCAUCUCUACAGUUUGAGCACAGCAAGCUGGAGGAGAUUCCUGGCCAAGGAAUUACGUGUUCAUUCACCUUCAACCAAGAUUCCAGAAAUCUUCAGUAUGAAGCCGCAAUUGGCAACGAGAGAAUACUGCAAUGUACCAGUGACCGGGAUCUAGAAGAUUUUGAUUCCGAGUCCGCUGUGACACCGACAGAGAAGCAAUCGAGGCCGCUUUCAACAUGUCAGGAUUUCUUUCUGGCACCCGCCCUGCAGAAAUACCAAGCACUCGGCCGGUCCACAGCAACUCUAGCCAUUCGGCAUAUCGCAGAUGACUCUUCGAAACCACUUGAACCGAAUCGCUCCUUCAAGCCUGUCGCAAUUUUUGCUGUUGCCGACCCGAUCAGAGCUAAAGCAGCAUCUGUGCUUCAAAACCUACGAGAAUCAAAUCUGGACGUCCACAUGUGUACUGGAGACAAUCAAACUACCGCGCUUGCUAUCGCGUCACAACUCGGUAUCCCAGCUAGCAAUGUCCGCGCUGGUGUUCUUCCACAAGAAAAAGCUGCCUACAUUCGAGAGUUGCAAGGUCUCUCGCAAGACUACGCAGCCGCUACCACUCACAAACGCAAUGUUGUUGCCUUUGUAGGCGAUGGGACAAAUGACACGCCGGCCUUAUCAGCAGCAGACGUGUCCAUCGCUCUUGCUUCUGGAUCUGACGUUGCAAUCACAACGGCUUCCUUCAUCCUUCUCAACUCCGAUCUCAAGACAAUUCUGUCACUGGUGAGACUGGCCAAACGGGUAUUCCUCCGCGUGAAGAUGAAUUUUGCGUGGGCGGCUGUCUAUAACAUUUGUCUGAUUCCAGUCGCGGCUGGAGUCUUCUUUGCUAUUGGUGCAAACGACAGUCACGGUGGCUGGAAGCUUAGUCCUGUCUGGGCAAGUGCUGCAAUGGCUUUGAGCAGUGUCAGUGUUGUUGCGAGCAGCUUGGCCUUGAAACUACCGGAGCUCAGACUGGAGGUCAAGAAAUCCAAUUGGUGCUGA